AUGGUGGUUUUGAAUGAGGCCUCCAACCUCAUGUUCGAUACUUGUACAAUCUUUGAUUUUGGAGCAGAGCCAACUGUUCUCGCAGAUCCUCAAAUAGCCCAUAUGCCUUUUCUCUGUGGAUGGGCAAUUUCUGAUGAAAGAAUCAAGUCCCUGAAAGGAGUUUUACAUGAAAACAUUGAAAUCUGCAGAGUGCAGGUGCAGGAGUAUCCUGUACCUAGGCUGUCGGUGUGGUUUGUGUUCAGUAAAACUUGGUCUCUAUCUUUUGUGAGAAAGUCUGUUGUUGYUGUGAGCUUCCUCGCAGCCUUCCUCUGCCUGAUCAUCGUCCGUCUAACCAAUGAAGUCAGCUUCCCUCUCAUCCUGAACUGCUUUGGACAGACCAGUGUCAGGUGGAUCCCGUUUUCUAAUGGUCAAAGGCAGCUUGUGAGAACCCACUAUGGAUAUAUAAAUGUGAAAACACAAGAGCCUCUGCAACUAGACUGUGACCUGUGUGCCAUUGUUUCAAACUCAGGACAGAUGACAGGCCAGAGGGUGGGAGCUGAGAUAGACAAGUCUUCCUGCAUAUGGAGGAUGAACAACGCUCCCACCAAGGGCUAUGAGGAGGAUGUUGGGAAGAGGACAACCAUAAGAGUGGUCUCUCACACCAGCGUGCCCUUGUUACUCAAGAACCCUGACUAUUUUUUCAAAGAAGCCAACAACACCGCCUAUGUGAUCUGGGGUCCUUUUCGGAACAUGAGGAAAGAUGGAAAUGGCAUCGUGUACAACAUGCUGAAGAAAACUGUUGACAGCUACCCAGCUGCCAGAAUCUAUGUGACAACUGAAAAGCGCAUGGGUUACUGUGAUGCUGUGUUUAAGAAGGAGACAGGAAAAGAUCGGUGA